GCCGGGUGCGCAUGCGCCGCGGCGGCGGGCGCUGAGGGGAGCUCAAGGAGAGCGGCGGGCGCCGCCAUGCCGGGGCGCCUGCAGGUGCCCUCGCUGGAGGAGCUCGACGUGCAGGAGGUGAGCGUCAGCUCGGCCGUGCUGAAGGCCGCGGCCCACCACUACGGCUCGCAGUGCGACCGGCCCAACAAGGAGUUCAUGCUGUGCCGCUGGGAGGAGAAGGACCCGCGCAAGUGCCUCCGCGAGGGCCGCCAGGUCAACCAGUGCGCCCUCGACUUCUUCAGGAAGAUUAAGCUGCACUGUGCUGAGCCAUUUACUGAAUACUGGACCUGCAUUGACUAUACCAAUAUGCAGGAGCUUCGCCGAUGCCGAAAACAACAGGCGGCAUUUGAUAGCUGUGUACUAGAGAAGUUGGGUUGGGUGAGACCUGAGCUGGGAGAGCUCUCUAAGGUCACGAAAGUGAAGACAGACAGACCUAUCCCUGAGAAUGCCUAUCACUCUAGACCUAGACCGGAGCCAAAUCCACCCAUUGAAGGAGAGUUGAAGCCUUCUGCAUAUGGCAGUAGGCUCUUUUUCUGGUCCUGGUAAAGUGGACAGCUUGUACUGUAGCUAAAAUGCAAAAAUACAUUGCUUGCAAGUGUAAACUGUCAAAUAUGCAUUGGGUAAAAUUAUAAUGAUUAAAAAACCCAAACACUUA